CCGACUGGGUCCAACGAAAGCUAAUAAGAAAGAAACGAAGAAAUGUUUUACUAGCUUAAAGAAGGGUUCUGCAUAAAAUUUGAAGUAUUGAAAGGGAAUGUUGGAAACUAUGUAAAAUGCCUUUGUUCCGACGUAAAACAAGUAUGUUCUUUAUAACACAUCAUGUAAAUAAAUAUGACCAAAAAGUUGCAGUAAUUCUAAAAAUUAAAACAACAAUGAAUGGAAGGAGCCUAAGGAGGCGUUGCUCUCUCACUCUCUCUUAUGAGUCUUCUUAGAAAACUCAACUCUCUUACUCUUCCGAGUCUCUUCCUUCCUUCCGAAUAUUUAAUACAUUAUCAUUGUUCAUCUGUUUGCACCAUUUUUAAUGACUAAUGAAUGUAGUAUCACACCUUAAAUAUUAUGUUAUCUAAAAUCUUCUUACUUCUUUAAAACCCUUUUUAAUUAAAGAUUCUAAAUGUAAAGUACAUCCUUUUUUAUUACUAUAGUACUAUAGUUUAGUGUACUAUAAAUUAAUUUGAUACAAAUACAAAUUUUGUCCACAAUAAAUUAUACACUUACUACUAACAAUACAACACUAGUACUAAAAAGUACAGCUAAGGCUAAAAAAAAUGAUUUUGAAUGAGUUAUGAACGGUAAAGAAAUUUAUAAUCUUAGUCUUAAUAUAAUUUUUGGUUGGUUUAUCUAGAUUCUAGAAAGAAACUUGGACUUGGGAACUUAGCCUACUUCUUGAAUUGUGACUUUUCUUUAAAUUAUGUAUUUUAUUAAAAAGAAAAUUACAUACUUAGACCUUUGUAUAUGUUAUGGAUAGACCCUACAAUCACUACAAUGGUUAUAAUAAUAUUAAAUUAAUAGGUCUGCAUUCAGACUAAAUUUCAUUAGUCAUUAGUAGGCAGACCUCUGCAACCUUUUUUCACAUGCAGUACACUCUAGGCCUUUCCAAGAAUUCAGGAUCACAUAACAAGUAAAACAUGCAAUAAUAUUGCAGUGCAGAGUGCAUACAGGAGAUUAACAUAAGCUAGUAGAGAUUUUAUAAAUAACAGAAAAAUAUUUACUAUUCAAUAGUCUAUUCCUCAUGACAUUUCUACAUAUACUCUGUGCUUUUUUCUCCUCCUGAAGGACUUUACCAUGACACCUACAAGCAUGUCAGUUUACUGUAUGACCACAAACUGUAUUAAAAAAUUGCAUACAAUUGUAGGUGAAAUUAAGUUCAUAUUAAGACAAGCACACACAUUUUAAUUUGAAAUAUUAAUAUUUAUAGUGAGUCUGACUGUCAUUUGCUCAUCCUAGGAGUAUAUAUGUAAAUGCUCUUGAACAACAUAACCUGUUUGAAAAUCUGCAAACACCUUAAGAUUUCAUUACAUAUCCAACACACACCCCCUUCUCCCCCUCAAUCUUGAUAUCAAAACAUACAACACAUGCAAUAAAAAUGUUAAUAAAAAUGCAAAUAAGCCUAUUUACUGGGUCUUGUUAAGAAACCUAGACUUUUAAGCCUCAUUUUUAUCAAGCAACACUUGUAACACACAUUUUCCUGCUAAUAUUCUAAGUUUACUUUUUGUUUCUUGAGAAUGUAAAGGUAUGUAAGUGUAUAAUUAAUGCUUAAAAUGUAUCAAUUAUCUUGUCAUGUGAUAACCUGAUAUUAUUUUUGUCAAUAUCAUGCUAAGGAUUUUUUACCCUUGAAUUGCAUCUAAAUGCUCCUUCUCCAGAUGCUGCAAAUAUUUAAAUUAUCUCGUAAUAGAUUGUAUUUUGGUAAAGACUUCUACUGUACGCUUAACUUUUAGACCAACUUAAUAAUACAAAAUGUAAGGCCUCUAUUAUGUGGGCUCAGGGUUACAAAAGUUAAAUUUUCCUAGCUCUCCUAAAGACAGACUUGAUAAAACUAGGUGAAUUAAACUUGAUCUUGGGGAAACUAGGUGGAUUAAACUAGAUCUUGAUAAAACUAGGUGAAUUAAACUUGAUCUUGGGAAACUAGGUGAAUUAAACUUGAUCUUGAUAAAACAAGGUGAAUUAAACUUGAUCUUGGGAAAACUAGGUGAAUUAAACUUGAUCUUGGGAAAACUAGGUGAAUUAAACUUGAUGUUGGUAAAACAAGGUGUAUUAAACUUGAUCUUGGGAAACUAGGUGAAUUAAACUUGAUCUUGAUAAAACAAGGUGAAUUAAACUUGAUCGUGAUAAAACUAGGUGAAUUAAACUUGAUCUUGAUAAAACUAGCUGAAUUAAACUUGAUCGUGGGAAAACUAGGUGAAUUAAACUUGAUCUUGAUAAAACUAGGUGAAUUAAACUUGAUCUUGAUAAAACUAGGUGAAUUAAACUUGAUCUUGGGAAAACUAGGUGAAUUAAACUUCAUUUUUAACUACCUUGCUGUGUUUUUGUAAAUAAAUAAGCAACUCUUUUGGUUUUGCCCAGGUGACAGGCAAGUAAAGUCUCCAAGUACAAGUUCAGGUUUAAUCAGAACUCCGUCCAACAAGUCCAGUAAAAGUUUGCCACACUCACCAUCAACACCAGACUCAUGGGGGGAGGAAAGUGAUAUAGGUCUGCCUAAUUUAUUAUAAACAUGUUGCAGUAGUGUGAAUAUAUGAAUAUUCAAAAUAGCUAAUUCCUAAAGAUGAUCAGUACUCUCAUAGAAAUACCAUUUGACCUAAUUUUGUUGUUUGAGAACCAUAAAGUAUUGCAUUUAACAGCAUUUUUAUUGCCAUUGUAGGAUCAUCAUACAGUGUCUUCAAUGGAAGCAUACCAUGGGAGCGAAGGCCAAGAACAUUAAUGUUGUCGGAAGAAGUGUUGAAAGAUGGUGCCGGUAAAGAUAUUUUAGUGAAUACUGUGGUGAAUUUUAUUUACUGUUAUUAUCUCCAUGAUAAGUCUAAAAUUAUAUUCUCUCUAAAAAUUUUAUAAUAUUACGUUUUUUUAUUAAUUUUUUCCCUUUUUUCCCCACCUUGACAGAUAUUCCAGAAAAUUCUCUUGAAUCACCUAUGAGAAGCACAUCUCGAUUAUCUAAAACACUUAUAGAGGUUAUAAGAGACAAAGAUGCACUGUCCUGCUUCAAGUCCUUCAUGAAAAGCCAGAGUGCUGAGCACAUCAUCCAGUUUUGGUGUGAGGCUGAAUCCUUCCACGUCUCAACUCUCAUGCGUCUUCGAACUCAGUCGUUACAGAACAUUUCCAAAAGUGCACUUCAUAAACGGCGCAGUGACAGCUUUAGACAUGGCAACUCUGAUGCUUGCUUGGCUUCCAGCCCAGACGCAACAGUAUUGUACUGUGGUUCAUCAACACCCCUUGACACAGACUUGGCUGUCCAUAGUAUUCCUCCGCCAAGAAAUACUGAACAAAAUCAAAAUAGAUCUAUUCUGGCUACACCUACAGAUCUACUUAAUCAAGUCCCGCCUGAUGUUAAAAACUCCUUGCCAACACCAAAGCAAUAUUCUAACUCCCCAAUCCCGGAUAACACAAAUCAAACCAAUCACCAGUCCUUGACAGCCCCUACAAAUUUAAAUGUGACAGACCAGCCUAACCAUACAACUUGCAUGCCUUCAGACGAUACUGUAACAAGUUCAAAAAUCUCAGCGUCCACCAUCUGUGAUAAAAAUGUUGUUAAGUCGUUGAGUUUUUCUGCUCAUGAUUCAGAAACUUUUGGCUGUGACUACAGUGAAUCAACCAAGGCAGCAUCACUGACCCAGCUUUCCAAAACUGUUGGCAGUGAAAAUAUACCCACAGAAACAGAAUUCGCCACACCAGUGGAAGUGAGUCAAGAAGAUAUUGCCAACAAGCUAAAGAAGAGUAGGUUGUUUUUGUUUUUGGGAGGUUGGGGAGGGGUUGUGUUUGCGUCUGUUGUAAAAGGAUAAAAUGGAGUCAUAUAUUUUAACAUAUUGAUUUCUUAAGUAGAAUGUUAACAUAUGAGCGAUUUGUUGUGCUAAGAUUUGUUAUUGUUGGUUAUUCUGUUAGGAUGUUCCUUAGUCUUUAUAGCUUUACCUAUAUUGUAACAGUAUACUGUAGUUCUAACUAGAUGGAACUGUAAAAAAUUUUGGACAUUUUCAUAAAUAAGUAUACAUUACAAUUCAUAUACCGGUAUAUCAACAAAUGAGUUUGAGAUUUAUGAUGAAUAACUGAAAUGAAUGGCAUUAAUAAAAGGAUGUAAUUUAUUAAAAAAUUCUUUUAUGACAAUAUAUUUGUACAUUCUAUUUUCCUCUAUUCAGAAAAUCCCAUUAUUCAGCAGUAUUAAAAACAAUUUGUUUUUAACUUCAUAAUUGUGCAAAAUAUAUGAACAAUGAAAUCAAUGAGAAUAAAUAAUUUUUGUGUAAAAACUCCUAAACAUAAUUUCAUUUGAACAAUAACACGAUUUUAAAAAAGUAUGUAUAUCUGAGAGGCUGGGGUUUUAUUUUUUUUGUUGAAACUAGUAAAGAAUUAUUUCUGAUCUAAAAGAACCAUAUUCCCUCACCCAUAUCAGUAAUUUUCAUCCUUGCUUGAUUCACAAUUUUUAGCAAGACUUAAUUUUUCUCCUUUGCACAAUUCUACUUAUGGACUGUUUAGGAUUUUUUUAAUAAUAAAGUUAUGAUAUUUCCUAUUCACUUGGACUACCUCAAUCUUUAAAAGUCAAGUUCAACACAAUUUUUGUUCAUUUUCUCCUAUGUUAUAUUAAGAUAUCAAACUAGAUUUCUUGACGAAAUUACUUAAUUUCAAUCAUUCUAGUCAUUUAUGAAUAAUUUACUUUCUGUCAGGUAUAGAAAGAGAUGCUGUAACUAUUUUUUCAACUUACAUCGCUAAAGACUCACCAAAACCUAUUGGAGUUGAUGACACGCUUAGAGCUGAAGCCAUCAGUAAGUCUUACUGUCCGCGCAUAAAUGUCUUGGCAGUUAUUUGAUGCUCACUAUGUCUCCAUGACAGUAAUUUAUUUUAUGUGUAGAUUUGUAUAUAACAUUUCACAAUAUAUGUUUCAAUGAGGGAGAUUCCCAACCCACGUACUAUUGUUACAUGAUGUAAUAAGUAUCUUAAUGGAUUCUGUGACUUCUCCCAAUGAUUUCACAGGUAAAAUUUGUCAAGAAAAUGGUGAGGUAGAUCCGGAGUGUUUUGCCAGCUGUCAGAGAUUUGUGUUAAAUAAGCUAGAAUCAGAGUAAGUAAUCACUCAGCUCAAUCUGAACAGUAGAACAGGUUUACGUAUGUAAUGUCAUUAGUUUGGCCCGUAAUGAAAUAGUAAAGUUUUAUUAAGAAAAUCUUGUUUGUGUAAAAUAAAAAUUUCUAAAUAAUAGAAAAUGAAAAAGUACAUUUCUUGCGGUAGAUUAAUUUUUUGCCUUGAUAAGACAUCAAUGAUCUUUGGCUAGAGAAGGUGUAAUAUAUGUAAUUAAGUUCUUUUUUUAUUUUAAUAUUCAGUGCUGAAUUAAAUCCUCUAUUUAAUGGACCAAAUUUUACCCAGAUUUUUAUUUCACUAUAUCUCCUAAGUUCUAUGUUAGUUCUUUAUCUCCAAACCUAGAAAUUAUAUGAUAAAUUCAGACAACCAAUGAUAAACUUUUUAAAUACAAAUUUAACACACUGACCCUUUCUCUCUCUCUCUCUUUUUUUUUUUCUAAAUCAGUUAUUUCUUAGAAAUGAAGUUUCCAUUCUGAGCCAAUGUUUAGGUUUGAGACUUGAAAAAUGUGUUUUAGCUUUUAGCAAAAUCUUGUGCAUUUCUUAGAUAUUACCAGCCUUUUAAAGACAGCGAGUUCCACUGCCGUCAUCAAGUCAAUGUUCUAACAACAGAGAAGGUGUUCUUACCAGAUAUUCUCUUUAAUGAAAAUGCUCUGUGUUACUUUAUGGAGGUAAGAUUCGUUACUUUAUGGAGUUAAGAUUUUGGAAAUAGUGAGGAAUUAAAAAUUAUUUUCACAGGAUGGAAAUAGUGAGGAAUUAGUUUAAUAUGUUAUAUCAUGGAAACAGUGAAUUAAUUAAUUAAUUAAUACACAUUCCAGUAAAUUAAAAUUGGUUUGAUUUAGCUCUUGAGAAAUAAAUUUUACUCUUGGUUUGAGAUCAGCAGUUCUACAAUAUUAAUUCUAACUCAACCACAUGUACUUUUCAUUGGGUUAAUUUUAAAAAGUUGUGUUCCGGUAAUUAAAACAUUAAAGUAAUUCGGUCAAGUCAGCUUAAAAUAUUUAAAUGAUUGAGGUUUUACCUCCACUUACAGUUUAUGGAACAAGAGGGCGCUAGUGACCUUAUGCAGAUGUGGCUUGCAGCAGAAAAUUUCCAACAACAACUGCUGUCCACAAGUGGAUCUUACGAUGGCGAGCAAGCACAGAUUGAUGCCAUGGUUUUAUAUGACAGGUAUCAAACUCUUUACUAUUUUUUACCCAUUGCAGCAUUGAGGGAGAUUUUGCCAACAUGUUAGUUACUAAAGAUAAGUACUGAUCAGAUCAUGAUGGGGGUUUAUGGUUAAUUUUGGAAAAGCUACUAAGUUGGCAGAAUUCAGAUUAAUUUUAAUGUCAGAUCAUAUUUUAUAUUUGACAUACGAUUAUUUCGAAAGCUUAUUUUUUUUCCAAAUAACUAAUCAUAUCCAAAAUAGUACAUAACACAUCUGUAACCAUGACUAUGCACUAAAACUAAAUAAAUUAUUUCAAAAUAAGAUAGCGGGAGGAAGAGACGUUAUAAGUAACAUGUAUUUACUCCUGAUAUUGAGAAUAAAAUUGCUGAAAUGGCAUAAUACUCCAUUAACUGGAUUUUAAUAUUUUGUUUUUAAGCUUCUCUUAAAGAUUUCCCCUAAAUUAUUUCAUAUUGCAUUCUUAAAUGUAUUUGCUGUAUUGUCCCAGCCCAGCUCUAGAACCACAUGUGCUCCACCACCACCACCACCCAUUGAAACAAACAAACAAAGACAUCAUGUUUGCUGAAAACACGUAGAGCACUAUACCUAAUUUACAGGGUUUAAUCAAGCUUUAAAAAAAGUGUUUUUAACAUUUCAAUUAAUGAGAUAAUAUGAACCCUUUUUUUAUCAUCUUAAUUUAUUUUGCUAUAUAGAUGACGAGGUAGUUCUCUUUCAGUUUUUAAAAGGACAUUUUAGACAUAGGAACUGGUCAUUGCUUGACUCACUGCCACUAUAGGAACUGGUCAUUGCUUGACUCACUGCCACUAUAGGAACUGGUCAUUGCUUGACUCACUGCCACUAUAUCUUUGUUGUUAAGUUAGAAUAAACUAACCAGUUAUCUCCAUUUCAUGUUCGCAGAUAUUUUUCCCUCCAGGCCACCAAUCCUGUUGGCUUUGAUGAUAAAAUGAGAUUUGAAAUAGAGGGAAACAUCUGCAGAGAGGGUGGACCUCUGCCAGGAUGUUUUACUAAAGCCAAGAACAUUGUGCUCAAGAUCAUAGAUAAGGUUGGUCACAUGGCAUCAAUUUUAUUUUUUUCACCACUGGAUCUUUGUGAUGAUUAUUUUUCUCUCAGACAGUAUGUGAUGCUAGUUCACUCAACCACAAAGAUGCCCUCUGUUACUUCUUCUGGAAUAUUCCAACUGAUUCAGUCACACUAUCUUUCACUAGGUGUACUUCUCCAACUACCUUCAGAGUCAGGUCUACUACAGAUACCUAUCUGAUCUCAUCUGCACAGUCCAGAUGUCUGAGGAUAUGCCCAGCAAGUCUUUCCAGAAGGGCCAUAAACGUUCAGGUGAAUUGAUCUUUGUUUUGAUUAUUGCAUUCUUUUUAAUUUGUAGAACUAGGUAUAGAAAAUGACAGACUGCACAUUCCUCAACAUUUCUACCUGGUCUUGUAAUUAUUAGUACCUAUUGUGUAUUGAAUCUUAUCUUUGAAUAUAUAAAUUAUGUUCCUUGCGUUUAAAUUCUUCUGGCUUGAGAAUUAAAUUAAGUUAGUUAUUAUAUCAUUGUAUCUUAAGUUUGCUUUGUGUAGUUCAAAAUAAGUGCAAAAGAAAAUAAAUAGAUCAAUUUACAAAAAAUAAUCACUGAACACGUAACUAUAAUUGGCUUCAUGCAAGGUACGCAAAAAUAGUAAAAAUAAUUUUACUGACUAUCCUGACAGAGAGUGACGCAUCAUCCGAACACAGUGUUGGAAGCCAUAGCACAGGCGCAGAGAGCGUUGUGUCUAGGAACACCCUCCUGGCAGUUGACACGCGUAAGCUUCGCAAAGGGUCAACAAUUGAAGGAGAUUUCAGCAUGAAUAUGGACAUGUUGAACCCAGAUGACUUGUGGAAGAGACCAGUUGCCAAGUCAGUGACAAUUUAUUUCAAAUUAUCUCACACUUUAAAAGUCAAUUUUAAAAACAUUUUCUAAAACCUUUACAAGAGAAAUAGAGUGACCUCAUUGCAAUGCCUCCCUUGAAGGAUAUCGUAUGACACAAUUUUAGUUCUCUAAAGUUGCAGUCAUUAAUAGAAUAUGUUCUGAAUUUCAGUUUUAAUUAAAACUAACUAUUUUGUUAUUUAAAAUUUCUAUGAAAUCCAAACAAUUUGAUGUUUUUGUGGAUACUGAAAUGGCCUUUGAGGAAUUUUUCAUUUACCCCUCUACCAAUUGCUAAGUAUUAUUAUCUUGACCACUUAUCACUUUCUGCUCAAAAAGGCAAAUGGCCUUUGAUAAAUUUGUCAUUUACCCCUCUACCAAUUGCUAAGUAUUAUUAUCUUGACCAUUUGUCAUUUUCUGCUCAUCAACUGUGUCCCUGUCCUCUGGUUUAAGACUUGAAAGCAUGUUUUCAAUGUCACAUGUUUUUUCCUAUCCUCCCCACUCAACAUAGACUUGAUUCUUCCAGCAACUUGACCUUGGGCUGUGUCAAUGAGCUGGGACAGUUUGUCUCUCACUUUGAGCAUGACGCCGAAGCAGAAAAAAAGAAAGGUAAAUGCAACGGUCUUGUCUUAGUGUUGAUGCAGCUUUUUUUAUCAUUUUUGGUCUAAGUUUUGAGAUGGCUUAAUUUUUUUUUUAAAUUGAUUUGAUUUCUGUUUCACAAUGUCAUGGUGGGAAAUGUUUUUGGGGACAGGAAGCUGUUAAAAAUUUGGAGAAUCUUUUUUUUUCUAAAUGCCUUCAGUGUUUUUUGUUUCAUUCAAAUUCAGAGAUUAUUUUUCAUGUAACUUUUCAGGACCCCUUCUGUUUAAAAGGAGAAAAGAAAAGGAAAAGGUGGCUAUAUUUUUGUGUGUGUUAUUAUAUGUUGAAGGUAGUGGUUGUUUAACAUUGGUUGUACGGCUAACUUUAUUUAUGUGUUGUGUUAAAGUUGUAAGGCUUAUUGGUAUGGCACCAUAUGCGUUUGCUUGUAUCAGAUGAAGUCUAGCAAAAUGGGGUGCUUUGACACACCAUAUGCCAUGCCAGGGGGGACAUAACGCUUAUAAAAUUACCUAUCACCAUCUGUACGUACAACAGUAGCCACACAAGAGGAGAUCUUUCAACUAGAGUUUUACAAUUCACACUCAAAAAUUGUUCAUAAUAAAGAUUAUAACUGAGAACAAUUUCAUUUUUUGAUUCAUUGAGCUUAUCAUGCAAAAAAAGACAACAAAAACAAACUUUUUUGUCAAAACAAUUUUCAUGAAGUUACAGAGAACCAAACAGAAGACAAAUAUGAAAAUGCAAUGUAAAAUUUAAAAUUUCAUGAGAAACUGGAGUUGCAAGAUUUCCAUACCAGGAAUAAUAAUAAUGUACACAUUUAAAAUGUCCCUUCAAGCUGAUUAAACAAUCAUGCAGACAUCAUGUAAACUUGCCCAUUUUUACUUAUCAUUUCUAUUCAUGUUAUGUAAUACUCUUCCUUCCCUUGCUGUAGUAUGAAACUGAAUUUUGUCAGCCAAUCAUAUGUCAUUUAUUUAAUCUUGUCUAGGAGGAGGAAGAGAUGGCUCUGCGUAUAGCUCAAAUGAUCAUCUCCGACGUCAACACAAUGACCAAGACGGGAGAGAGUAUGAACAAAAAGAAUGGCAGCUGACGCCACAAGGGACUGCUACAUGCUUAGGAUUCAUGUUGCUGUUUUUUUAUAAUGGCUAAUGCACAAAAUGAUUGUGAACAUUUAUUUAUGUCCAUAAGGACCUCGCGUAUAUGAGGUAUGACAUAAAGGAAGGAAAUCAAGAAGGGGAAACUUUAAUGAGGCUGAUUUCCUGCUGCCUCAUGUCAUCAGUGAAAUGGCAUCAAGUUAGCAAAGUCAACUUUUAUUUAAAACAUUUAUUUGUUA